UUAACAAGAAGAAGAACGUAUUAACGAGAGAUGUGUUUAUCAUAAUAUUGUUAACCGUAAUAGACAAUACGGUUAUAAAUUCGCUACCGUUUAAUACAACAUAUAUGUAUAUUUGUUAUGUACGAGUGUGAAGCGAUAUAAGUCAAUGUUGCAGGACAGUGGACCUUCAGGACCAGACUUGAAGAACCAUCCAGUGGGAUGACCGAGUUUGUGUAGUUUUGAUUUACUUUAUUUAAAACCUCCUGUCUAAGAUCUCCAGUCUUAGGCCAUAGGUUGUGUAAACAAUGUUGAGGUGGUUUUCAGCAGAUGAGUCCAGCUCUGCGCAUGGAGCUCCUGUCUCCCCGCAGGUGGACAUGGGCAGCGAAAUGAGAGUUGCUGAGAUCACUGAGCAGCUAACACAGAUGGAGGAACUUGUGGCCAAACUAAAAGAGUUGAUAAGGGAAAAGGAUGCAGCACUCAGCAGUAAAGAUAACCAAGCUAAGGAGCUGACAGAACAAAUGCAGCGCUUGCAGGGUGAGAAAGAAAACUUUCAGGCAAAGCUGGAGGCAGAACGUCACAUUACUCGGGCUCGGAUCAAGGAUCUACUGGAGAAACAUGAAGCAGAGUUGCUCAGUGCUGCUAAUAAACAUGAGACUGAGUUGUCAGAGAAGGAGCAGGCCUUACGCAGACAGCUUGAGACCCUUCAGCGCUCUAUAUCACAGCCCGCAGAUGCAUCAGCAAACCAAUCUACUUGCAUCACAGCUCAGAGAGUCACAGAGCUGCAAGCCCAAGUGAAGCUGAAAGAAGCAGAGGCCAGUAAAGCAGAAGCAAAGUUUUUAAAAAUGAAAGCAUGGUCCAAAUCUAGGAUCAGGCAGAUCGAGGAGGAACUCAAAAAAGUUAAGUCUGGAGUAUUCAGUCUCGACAUGUCCCCGAAUGUUACGUCCCUACAUAGUCGCAUUACUGAGUUGCAAGAGGAGAGAGAGGAAAUGCUCAGCAAACUGGAGCUGUAUGAAGAUAUGAAGGCAAAAAAUGAUUUUCUUGAGACAUCAAUAGAUGAACUGCAGAAGCAGCUUAUGGAAUAUAAAGAACAGCAGAGGAAGAUGCAGGCCGACUUGGAACAGGUGACCAAGAGAGCAGCAUCACAGGUGAGUGAGACAGGCAGCAUGGAUGAUGUUCAGGUGAUGGAGUGGCAAGAAAUGAUUACCAUGGUGACUGAGGCAGAAAGGGUUCGAGAUCAGAGUCAUGAGAAGAAUGUCAUGGCCUUCAGAUUGAGCCACAACGAGGAGGAGAGAGAGGAAUUAGCCAAUCGGCAAGAGGAAGUGGAGGAGGAGUUGGCCCAGGCCCGUGGACUCUGCACACAGAAAAGCAGGAAGCCCAAAUAUUUCACCCCACACAGCCUGCAGGAGGACUUGGAAUUUCAUAGUAGGCAAGACCCAAUAAGCCCCACUGAUUGCGAUGUUCUUGUAAAUGGAGAGAACAUGGGUGGAUGGUGGCCACAGCACAGUGCUGCAGAUACAGAUGGCUUGAGGUCUGUUGUUGCGGAGCUUGAACUCGAGAGAAACCAACUGCAGGAACAGAUUUUGGUCCUUGAGAAUCAGUGCCAAGAUCUAGAGGACCGUCUGCAACUUCAGGCUCGCAUUGAAUUACUACAGAAUGAAUCUGAGCGCCUGCAGGCACAGGUCGCCAACCUUCGCAGUCAGCAGAUAAAAGACACAGAAAAGCAUCAGCUACUCAUCGCCAGCUUGAACAAACAACUCAAAGGACUGAGCAGCACACAGGAGUGUCUGGAGUCCUCGCUGAUGGAAAAAGAGCAUACGCUUGCCAGAACCUCAGAGAAACUGGAGUUUAUUGAUGGUCUGAGAGAGGCUUUAGAGACGAAAGAAAAACAAAACCAAGAAACAACUGAAAAACUGCUUCAGACUGAACACAAUCUGGCUGAAGUUAUAAAGACAUGCAGCACCUUUGAGAAGGAAAACUCAGACAUGAAAGCAACCGUUGCAGAACUGACACUUAGACUCAGUGUGCUGAAAGAUAAGAUGCAGAAGCAAGAGACAACUAUAGAAUCAUUGCAGAAUGAUCUGGUUCAAACAAAUGAUGAUCUCGAUAGACUGAACGCUGCUCAUCUAGAAGAAAGAGCACAACUGGUUCAUGACUUGCAGAGCUGUGAGCGUGAAAUCGAUAGACUUCAAGAUGUCAUCACUGAUAAGGACAAAGAUAUAUUGGCACUAACAUCCAGUGCAGCAGAAUAUUCAGAGCAAAUUCAUGAACUAAAACAGGAAAUGAAGAUCAAAGAGAAUGUGCUGAGUAAAAUUGAACAGGAUGUUCAAAUCUUUAGAGACCCACAGCUUUCUGACCAACAGUUCUUUAAUGCCCUAAUACCUCAGCUGAUUGAACAGUUGAAGAGAACUGAAACUGAUCUAAAAGUAUCUAAAAAAAAUGUUGAAUUAAAGACUAAUGACAUUAAAGACUUAACCAAGCAAACAGAAGAGGACAAGAAAACAAUUCAGGAUCUCCGCAUGGAAAUACAGAAGCUGAAUAUGAAUCUCAAAGAACAGCUAUUGGAUAGAGAACAAGUGCAUGAAAAAGACUCUUUCCUGCAUGAACGUAAUAAGUUGCUUGAUGAAGUAAGCAAAUAUAAAAGUGAGCUUUUAAUGUUCACUAGAAAACUUGAGGACAAGGUUGAAUGUCAAGAACAGCUUAAGAAAGAUGUCCAAGAUAAGUCAAAGAUAAUAUCUGUAUUGGAACAUAAGCUGAAGAUUGUUCAAGAGGAGACAGUAGCUGAGAGAGAUAGACUUAACAAAGAACUUAAGAUUCUAAAUGAAGCCAAAGAAAACCUUGAGAAAGACUUGUCUGAUAGAAUUGAGAGUAUUCAAUCUGUGAAUAAUAACAAUCAGAAACUGAAGGAAUCGCUCGAGCAGACUUUGGAAGAGCUUGCAAGACAAAGGCAGCACCUGGAUAAUGCUAAGGAGCAAAUGCAAGCUGUGCAAGAUCAGAAUUGCAACUUGAUUUUAAAAGAUGAAAGUCUCACUAAUGAUAAUUGUCAAUUGAAGAGGGAAAUUGAGGCUAGCAUCCAGUCCCUGUCUGAUGUUUCAGAAGAAAAGAAAAGACUGGCAAGCAAGAUAUCUGAAGUUGAACAGCAGCUUUCAGAAAGUGUUAAAACAAUAGAAAACUUGCAAAUAGAUAAUGAAGAGCUAACACUCAAAGGAAAUGAACUGAAUAAAGAACUUGAGCAAAACAAACAGUCAUUGGCUAAUAUUAUUUUAGAAAAAGAUGGCAUUGUUAGACUCCAUGAGACACUGAGCAGGCAACAUCAACAAUUACAAGAAAUGUUUGAAGAGAAACAAAAAGAAGUGCUUACACUAGCCCAAGUUGUUUCUGAAAUGAAUAACAAGGUUGCAAAAACAUUUAAAGAAAAUGAAACACAUGCUUCUAAAAUUGCUAGUCUUGAUGAACAGAAUAAGUACCUCCAGAAACAAACAAAUGAACAGAUGAAGUCACUCACAGAAACAACCAAGGAGAGGGAGAUUCUACAAAACAAAAUCUUGACUUUUGAAACACAAGUUGUGGAAAACUGUAAAAUCAUAGAAUGCUUGCUUAAACAAAAGGAAGAUUUGAUUUUGCAAGUAGAGGAGCACAAAAAUAUAGAAAAGAAACUGCAGUCUGGAGCUGAGACCUUGCUAGAAAAGUCUUUAGAAUGUGCAGCCCUCUCUAAAUGCCUCAAGGAGUCCAAAGAGGAAGUAGAUCAUCUUAGGAGAGAACUUGAAUCCACCACUUCUCAAGUCCUUCAGUACAAACAUAUUGUUUUUGAAAAAGAAAAGACCUUAACAGAUCAAAGUACUCAAAUGGAAGCUUAUCAGCACCAACUCAAGCAAUUACAAGAUAGUCUUUCUAUUCUUCGAGAACAAGGUAAUAAUUAUAAAUCAGGUCUGACAGAGAAAGACACACUGAUGCAGAAAGAAUCAAAUUCAUGUUGUUUGCUACAAAACGAACUUAGUCAUGAACGAGAACUUGUUUUUAUCCUUCAACAAGAGAUGAGUUCUCUGAAAAUGGAGUAUUCCAGACUGAACCAGACUUCAGAAAUGAAAGAAAGUGCUUUAAGAGAGAAAAAUCUUGAAUGUCAGAAUCACUCAGAUGAAUUGUACAGAAGAAAUGAGUCUGUGCUGUCACUAACUAGUCAGCUUGGUAUUAUGAAUGAAAAUAUUGUGAAGCUUGAAUCUGACAAUGCACAUUUAAAAGGUAAUUUGGAGGAGCAUUUAGCAGAAAAUGUAAGAUUAAAAGAGGUGCUCAGACAGAAACAAAUAGAGGUUGUGGAAUAUCAAGAUAAUGCCCAGGCAAUAAAUGGACAAAACACUAUAAUUAAAUCUGAAUUGAGGAAUUCAAUGGCAGAAAUAUUUAGACAACAAGAGAUGACCACAUCCCUACGAAAGGAAUUGGAAAAUAAAAGUGUCGAACUGGCAUCUUUGGCAGAACAGUUAGAAUCCAAACACUCUCAACUUGAAGCUUUACAACUUGCUCUGCAAGGGAAAGAGGUAGUUUUCCGGGCACAGGAGAUGUCUGUAAAUAAGAUGCAAGUCAAACUGUUGGAAAGUGAAAGCCAAAUCACCCAGAAAAUAACAGUGAUCUCUGAGCUACAUGAAGAAGUUCAGAAUUUGCAGACUGCUUUGCAAGAAAAAGAUAGGUUACUGUUAAAUAAAGAUAAAGAGUUUUCUCUGGUUAAAAAGACGUUAAUGGCACAAUCAGAAUCAUGUGAAGCAAGACUGAAAUUAGAAGUGAAUGAAAUUGAUACAUUUCAAGGAGAGUUCAAAAGCUUACAAGAAAACAAUAACCAUCUCAUCAACAUCAUUAAUGAAAAGGAUUAUUUAUUGAUGCAGGAGAAAGAAAAGUGUCUGCACUUGCAAGGUAGUGCAUCAGAACUUGAAAACACAGUUUCACAAUUAACCUGUCAAAUAGAGCGAUUAACCUCAGAGAUCACACAACUCCAGGAAACACAAACUGAGAAGGAACAAGUCAUGCUUGCUGCUCGGUCACAAGUGCAGAAACUGGAUGAACUAUACAAGAAACUUCAAGAGGAUUAUGAUUUGACCAAACAAGAGUUGCUUAAAGUUAUCAAUGAAAAAUCAUUAAAGGAAGAAGAGAUCUGUAAAUUGGUCCUGGAAAAAGAAGAGAUCUGCAGAAAUUCCAGUUAUCAGAUUCAGAGAAUUCAGGACCAGCUACAACAUCACAAGUGGCAAUCCAGCAAAGUGGUAGAAAAAAAGACAAUGGAAUUCAUGGCUUUACAGGGUAAAGAUAUGUCUCCAGAACACUGGGUCCAGUUGCAUAGCCAUCUGCAGGACUGCCAGCGAGAGAUUCAGCAACGGGAUUUUAGCCUCCAACAAAUAAACAUCAAGUUGCAACAGGCAAUUGAGGAAAAGGACGGGGUGUCCUCCCAGUUAAGCACCGUUUCCAAGAUGCUCAGAGACACACAGCAGACUGUUAGUGAGCUCCAGAAUCAUUGCUAUUGGCAGGAGAGCCAAUUUCAAAACCAGUAUUCACACACACAGGGUUCAGUCUACGCAGAAGUUCCACCAGGAGCCCCUCAGGAACCAAUCAGUGCCGAUUUGAACCCAAGUGGAUCAGACAGUGGAGAUCUCAGGAUGAGGCUGGCUGAGGCAGAGUUUCAUCUGUCUCAGUUAAACUCCAGAUUAGAGGAGGAAAGAUCAAGGAGAGAGGCUGCAGAAGAAGCCAUGUGGUUGACUGAACAGAAAGUUAAGGGCAUGGAGUCAAACCAAUUACGGCAUUCUCAAAGGGACUUUAGCGUUCAGCUAGAAAGAGACGAGGAACAGUGUGAAGAUCUUGUUCUUCGCCCAAGCCGGCACCUGUUCAUACACAAGAUGAAGCGUGGGGUUCACUUGUGCCAGCGUUGGCUCAAAGGAAGGAGCGUAUACUGCUGUUCCAAACUACUGCCAUCCAGGGGGAAGUCUCGCUACAUAUUCAUGGGAUACCUUCUUAUGCUUCAUCUGCUGGUUUUUGUGUGCCUCAGCUGGUCCCUUUAGAAAACAAUUGUCACCGAAAUAAAAUUUGCACCAAUAGAAGAUCUGCAAAAAAAAAAAAAAAAUGGUGUGGGCAGAGAAAUGCUCAUAGUCCAGGCGCUUUGAUGCAUCACAUAGUCAGUGUAGGAGCUUCUCUUUAGCUGCUCACUCAAAUUUAGAACUUACUUUGUUUCCAUAUAGACUUCACCACCAGCAUUUAUGAUGCAGAGACCUCAUGCGUAUUGGAACGUGUACAGAUGACCAUUAGAGUUUGGGUUAUCUUAUGUAAUUACUAUGCACUGAAAUCUUAAAUUUAGUUAAGCAAUUGGUUUUUAUUUUUUUUUAUUAUUAUUUUUUUUUACAUUCUACCAUCAAAUAAACCGAAGAUGAAUGUCUUGUUUUGUCUGCACUGGAAAUGAACCUGAGAUCAAAACAUAAUUUUAUUGUUGUAUGUUUACAGAGAGAUUAUUGAGUUAAUGUGCAAACUUUUAGAAGUUGUUACACUGUAAGCUAGUAAACUAAAACCGUUAGAAGCUUUACUAUGUAUCUGAUUACAAUUUAGAAACACUGGAAUUAAAAUUGUGGUUUUGGAAUUUAAACUAAAUUAUGGUUACUUUGAAGGUUGAUUGUUUCUGUGGAAUUUAUUUAUAGCAUGAACCUUUCAGAUGUUUGCUUGCAGAGCCAUACAUUUAUAUUAUUGUAUAAAGUACUACCUGUUUUGCAACACUAAAUAUGUGGAGUAGAGUAUGAUAUGAGAAAAAGAGUGAAUCUUUGUUGAAUUAAACUACUGAGACCUUC